AUGACCAUUUUAGCCUCUGCCCACAAUGGGGCCCAUGAGUUAAGUUCGGGAGGGCGAAAUAAUCCCGGGGUCCCCAUAAUCGCCGAAACCAGUCACCGGCACCCUUUGUUAGUUCCCGAUUCCUUAUCCCGGGGUAAACUUGUCAUCGGCACGGGCAAGGCCUUGGCGCAAACUGGCCUGGGGUCCGUUCUAAUCUCAUAUACGGUCGUUGGUUUCAUCGUCUUCUUAGUCAUGACUUCUCUCGGCGAAAUGGCUGCUUGGCUCCCAAUCUCUGCCGGAUUCACUGGUUAUGCGGCCAGAUUCUGCGACCCCUCUCUUGGUUUCGUUCUUGGUUGGUGUUAUUGGUUCAAGUACAUCGUCGUGACCCCCAAUUUGACUGCUGUGGCAUUGGUCAUACAGUUCUGGCUGUUUUCCUCGUCGCCAUUACUUGCAUCAACUACUUCGGAAAUAUCGCCCUUUAAGGUCUUGACAAUUAUCGGUAUCAUUACUUUCUCCCUAGUGCUUGCACUUGGCGGCGGUCCAGACCAUGAUCGAAAGGGGGCGCUCCGAGAAUACAUCACAACCGGAGCCGCUGGGAGGUUUGCAGGCUUUUGGUCGUGCAUGGUUAACGCAACCUUCGCCUACCUUGGUACGGAGCUGGUAGGCGUUACCGUGGCCGAAGCCCAAAACCCGCGCAGAACUAUCCCUCGCGCCAUCAAGCUUACGUUCUAUCGCAUCUUGGUCAUUUAUUGUCUCAGCGUUUUGCUUGUUGGAAUGAUCGUCCCGUGGAACUAUGACCGACUUCUCUUCGCGACGGCAAAAGCCAAAACCGGUGCGGACUCAGAUCUUUACAUCGCCAGCCGCACUUUAUAUGGGCUCGCCUCAGAGGAAAAAGGCCCAGCUAUCUUCAAGCGAACCGAUUCACGAGGCGUUCCUGUCUAUUCCCUGGCGUUCUCGGCUUUCUUCUCGUUAUUGGCUUUCAUGAAUGUCUCGGAUGAUUCGCCAAAGGUCUUUGAUUAUUUCAUUAACUUGACUACGAUCUUUGGUCUAGUUGCAUGGAUAUCUAUCCUUGUCACUCAUAUCGUUUGGUGCCGGGCGCGUUUCGCCCAAGGGUUGAGGAACGAUGAGCUACCAUACGUUGCCCCCUUUGGGAUCUAUGGUUCCUACGUGGCGUUGGUGGUAUGUGUGCUGAUCGCCCUGACAAAGAACUACGAUAUGUUUGUUGAGGAUGGUCUUGCCAAGAACUACAAGAAAUUCAUCACAGGCUAUAUCGGAAUUGCCAUUUAUUUGGGUCUCAUCUUUGGGCACAAGAGUGUAACCAAAAGCCGCGGUUUUAAGCCUUGCGAAGUCGACCUUUUUACUGGGAAGGAUAUCAUCGAUCGCGAGGAGGAAGCCUUUCUUGCGCAUCAAGCCGCUCUUCGAGACACCAUAACAAGGGCUGGUUCUACCCGACUUCAUUUCAUGGAGGAGGGGAUAACGAGAGGGGUGCUUCCGUCUACUCGUCUCAGCUUCACCAUGUUUGCUAUUCAGAGACAGAUAGUUUUAGAGUCCAGCUGCAGUUGUCUUUACAUGUGUCACGCCUAUGCAAGUGGCGAUUAA